AUGGAUAUACUGAAGCCCACAUUAGCUUUAUCACUCAGAGAUGAAGGUUUUGUUGAAAAAACACAGUUUGACAACAUUUAUGUAUUGGUUAAAAUAAUAACAACAAAUGGAGAUUCUGAACUAGUAUUAUAGGUUUUAAAGAACCUAUUUAAAAAGAAGCAAUCGAAUAUUAUGAAGUAAUUAAAUCUUUAAUAUCUCUUUAAUAAAAGAGUUAAUGCCAUUUGAAGAUUUUUUAUUUAUUUUGUCUUCAAUUGAAACGGAUGGAACAAGUGUUAAUAUUGGACAAAAUAAUGGAUUGUGGGCGUAAUCGAUUCAAAUAAAUAUUCUAAUAUUAUACAUAUUGUUAAUUAACUCAACACCCGUCUUUAUUCAUCUGAAUGACUUCCACUGAAACUUUUAAAAAAACUAAAUGAUGUAGUAAGUGACAAAGAACUUCAAAAAGCACAUCAAGUGAUCUGUCCUGAUUUUUAACUAGAUGAUUUCGUUACGUCUUAUAAAAAAAAACGGCUAGGAUACCACGUAUAAAAAAUAAACAAUUGUCACCUAAUCUUCUAAAAUCGUUAUUAUCUAAUGAUUUGUGAAAACCUCUUAGCACUGCUAUGGUAAAUAAUUUUAAUUUAUUCACUUGUUUUUAUUUUUACUAAUUAAUGUGUUUAGAGGUGACUGAUUAAUUUGUAUAUUUUUUCAUAGGCUUGCAUUCUAUCUGCUAAACCACAUUCGACAGAUGUUGACAGAUUAAUUUUUUACUACAAUUUAUUAAAAACUGCAACAAGAUCUUCUCUAUCUCCUACAGUAAUAAAUAAUUAUCUGUAUGUAAAAAUAAACAUAUCGGUAUUAGACAAGUUUGAUCCUCAACCAGCUGUUUUUAAUUGUUUGAACAAAAAAAAAGACAUUCUAAAAUACAUACACAAAAAAAACAGGAAUGAUAUCAAGGGGAUUUUGAUAAAGUCAAUGAAAAAUAUGAUUUAACAAAUAAUAUUGAACUUAGAAAAAUACAGGUCUAAGUAUAAUUUUUUGUUAUACUUUUAAUUAUUUUAUCCAGGUGACAGGUGUAAUAUUAUGUUAAAUUUUCAAAUAAAAAACUUUUUUUGUUAUAACUUAUAUUUUAUUUUUAGAGAGGGAAAACUCAUAUUAAAUUAAGUGAAAUUAUACAAUAAUGUAAUAACAAGUUUCAUUUAUUUUAGACGCUGUCUGGCACCUAUAGAAAUUUUUGUCCAAGUUUCAAAAAUACCAACUUUGUUGAAAGGAAAUUUUGUCUAGUUUAUGAUUAAGAAAGUCAUUGUUUGAUUUUAUGUAUAUUUUUCCUAAUAAUUAUAAAAAUCCAGGGAAAACGGUAAGAAAUACAGCAAUUUGUCUGGCGUUUGGUUGUUUUUGUUAUUCAGUUAAAAAUUAUUAUAGAGACCUGGUAAAAUGUUCAAAACAUUCUAUUUUCAGACUAUAGGGACCUGACAUUUUCGUUAUUUUUUUAAGUAUUUUUAUUUGGUAGAUAUCUGUUAUUAAAAUUAAAUGACUGGAAAGAAAUUCUUGAAAAUUCUACAAAAGGUACAAUACAAGUUUUCAUAAUGAUCUAUAAAGCAAAUUUGAGUUUAAUAUAUUAGUUUUGUUUUCAUAAGCGUUUUAAGAUCAAAUUUUCACUCCGAAUCGUUUUUUGUUAGCAAUGCGUCCAAAUAAAAAUUAAAUAACUGUAUGUAUCUUACUUUCCUAACUACUCACAACAGUAGCUGCUCUCGUCCCCAGUAUCAAUAGUAUUUUUAUAAUUUUAUACAAUAUCAAAGUGUAAAAAAAAAAACUAUCACUUCUAGCAUUUGCAUAUUAAUUUUGAAUGAUUAAAACAUCGGGUGACGUAUUAAGUACGGUGUUGAUAGGAUCCAUAGACAAUCUUUUUUAGGAGGUGAACCAUACACUACGUGACGUUGAUUGGGUCCUAAUCAACAUAAGUAAUUCGAAAAUAGAAAAUCAGACAAUCUUUAAGCAAAACCUGUCUCAAACCAAUAUGAGUUAACCAAUAAUAGAACCAAAUAUUAAGAUUGAAACAGUACAUGAGAAAGAUAGGAUAAAAUAAUAGGGUUAGAAGCCGCCCUAAAACUGUUGCCCAACUCGUUCAAUGGGACAAAUGAGGAGGACACUGAAAUCUUUUUAGAAGAGUGCGAAUUUGCAAUUUAAUGUGCUAACCUCACAGUUCAGGCUGAACUAAUACAAGGGAUAAUUGUCAGGUUAACAGGGAAGACCCACCAAGCAGUCAAGUUCAGGACUUUAAAUUCAUGGGCCAAGUUGAGAGAUACUAUGAAGACCACCCUUGAACCAUAACGGAUAACCACACAUCUAUUCUUGGAAUUAUACUCUAGUAAACAGAAACCUGGGGAAAAUGUGAUUACUAAUGCGACCAGAAUAGAGCAUUUUCAAAGUAUCAUUCUGGAACUGGAAACCAGUGAUCAAUUUGUGAAAGUAUCCAAGGCACUAGAAGCCAGCUUGAAAGCGCAAACGGUUCAAGUAUUCAUUGAAGAAUUGGGACCUUUCAAAGAAUCGUUUUGUCAAAAGAUGGGGGAUUUCGAUCUUUAG